AUGGGCUGUGAACACUCAUCCUCGGCUCCUCCCACCCUCCCAGGACUCACCUGCAGGGCCCGGGAGGUGCUGAUGCCAAAGGGACCCCUGUACCGCGUGGCCGGCAGCACCGUCUCCCUCCCCUGCAACGUCACUGGCUACGAUGGCCCAGAGCAGCAGGACUUCGAGUGGUUCCUGUACCGGCCCGAGGCGCCCGAGUCUGCGCUGGGCAUCAUCAGCACUCGCGACCCGCGCUUCUCCUAUGCCAUCUUCGGGCCCCGCGUGGCAGCGGGCGAGGUGCAGGUGGAACGGGUGCGGGGGGACGCCGUGAUGCUCCGCAUCGAGCGCCUGCAGCCCCAGGACGCCGGCACGUACGAGUGCUACACGCCAUCCACGGAUAGCCAGUUCCUGGGCACUUACAGCAGCAAGGUGGAGCUGAAAGUUCUCCCGGAUCUGCUGCACGUGGCUGCUGGCCCCCUGGGGCCCCGUGGCCGCCAGGCCCCCACCACGCCGCCCCGCAUGACGGUGCCCGAGGGCCAGGAGCUGGCGCUGGGCUGCGUGGCACGGACCAGCACGGAGCAGCACACGCACCUGGCCGUGUCCUUUGGGCGGGCUGUGCCAGAGGCGCCCGUGGGCCGUGCCACCCUGCAGGAGGUGGUGGCACUGCGGCCGGACCUGGCCGUGGAGGCGGGGGCACCCUACGCCGAGCGCCUGGCCGCGGGGGAGCUGCGGCUGAGCAAGGAGGGGGCCGAGAGCUACCGCAUGGUGGUGGGGGGCGCGCAGGCGGACGACGCCGGCACCUACCACUGCACGGCUGCCGAGUGGAUCCAGGACCCCGACGGCAGCUGGGCCCAGAUCGCCGAAAAGAGGGCAGUGCUGGCCCACGUGGACGUCCAGACCCUCUCUAGCCAGCUGGCAGUGGCCGUGGGGCCCGGCGAGCGGCGGGUCGGGCCCGGGGAGCCCCUGGAGCUGCUCUGCAACGUGUCCGGGGCACUGCCCCCCGCAGGACGCCACGCCGCCUACUCCGUGGGCUGGGAGAUGGCCCCCGCGGGAGCGCCUGGGCCCGGCCGCCUGGUGGCCCAGCUGGACACCGAGGGUGUGGGCAGCCUGGGUGCCGGCUACGAGGGCCGCCACAUUGCCAUGGAGAAGGUGGCCUCCAGGACCUACCGGCUGCGGCUGGAGGCGGCCAGGCCCGGCGACGCGGGCACCUACCGCUGCCUGGCCAAGGCCUACGUCCGCGGGACCGGGGCGCGGCUCCGCGAGGCAGCCAGUGCGCGCUCCCGGCCGCUCCCGGUGCACGUGCGCGAGGAAGGUGUGGCGCUAGAGGCGGUGGCCUGGCUGUCUGGGGGCACCGUGUACCGCGGGGAGACCGCCUCCCUCUUCUGCAACAUCUCCGUGCGCGGCGGGCCCCCGGGGCUGCGGCUGGCCGCCAGCUGGUGGGUGGAGCGGCCCGAGGAAGGGAACAUGGGCUUGACUUCCCCGCAGCUGGUGGGGGUCCUGGGCCAGGACGGCGUGGUGGAGCUGGGGAACCGGCCCGGAGGAGGCCCCAUCAGCGUGGAGCUGGUGGCACCGCGGUGCCAUCGGCUGAGGCUGCACAGCCUGGGGCCGGAGGACGAGGGCGUGUACCACUGUGCCCCCAGCGCCUGGAUACAGCAUCCCGACUACAGCUGGUACCAGGCGGGCAGCGCACGCUCCGGGCCGGUCACGGUGUAUCCCUAUACGCACGCCCUGGACACCCUGCUGCUGCCCCUGCUGGUGGGCACGGGGGUCGCCCUCGUCACAGGCGCCACCAUCCUGGGUACCAUCACCUGCUGCUUCAUGAAGAGGCUGCGCAAGCGGUGACCCGUCGCGUCCAGGUGCCCAUCCCUCCCAGCUGCUGCUGCGGUCUGUGCCUCCCCCCUCCCCUGUCGCCGCCCUUAAUUUAUUCGACCCUCCCAGAGCCCUGCCCCAGCCCUGCCCUGGCCUCUGGCCCUGACCUCAUGUCCAGCCCGCCGGGAGCCCCUUUCUGUCCCAGAAUUAGUUUUUCUAAACUGUGAAUAAAUGUGUUUUCUAA